AUGAACCUUCAGCCCAGGGCGGUUGCCGAACCCCUCCGCCUCAACAACAUCCCCAUCGGCUUCAUCCCCGACGUCGGCUCCGACGGUGGUAACGUGCAGACCAUGGUCGGUAUCAACGGCUUACUCGCCGGCCGUGGCCAGUCGUACUCCUACGGCUUCUACGACCAGACCACGUACGGCACCAUCUACAACGGCCAGAAGAUCCUCAACAGCGCUCCGGACAUCUACGCUUCCGGCGCCAUCCUCGAGGCCAGCAUCAUGCCCGUCGGCAGCUGGGGCGGCUUCACCGCCACCGACAACUCGCAGGCAAAGGCCGUCUGCAACGUCAUGAAGAAGUUCACAGACGCCGGCGUCGAGGUGCGUCUGCGCUUCGCCCACGAAGUCAACUACUACGUCACCACCGGCGAGUAUGCUCCCAUGAAUGACAUGGGCGUCUCCGCCUUCAAGACCGCAUGGGCACAGGUCUCGGCCGCCUGCAAGUCCAUCGCCCCCGCCGUCAAGAUGUGGUACUGCCCCAAUGCCGCCAACCUGAGCGUCUACGAGACCUACAUGCCGGACAACUUCAACUCCACCGUCCAGAUGAUCGGCAUCGACUUCUACCCGGCCUCCAACGAUCGCGCCACCGCUGCCAACUACAUUCAGACCGUCAAGCCCUUCCACGACAAGUACUCCUCCUCCUCUGUGCCCUUUGUCAUCGCCGAAGCCGGCACGCACGCGCUCGACGCCUCGCUCCAGGACCGCAUCAACUGGCUUCAGGUGCUCUCCUCGUCCGAGGUCAAGGCGGCGCUGCCCAACCUCGAGUCCAUCACAUGGUACAAUGCCCUCCGCAAAACCGACAUCCUCUCCAACGGCGUCGGCGGUGAUUUCCGCAUCCUCGACCCCAACAAUGCCACCUUCCCCAACCAAGAGGCGCAGCAACUCUUCCCCGUCGUUCAGAACGCACAGGCUUCCGCGUCGGUCGUGUCGGUAGCAACAGCAGCUACCGCAACCACCACCGCCACCGCCCCAGCCAGCCUUCCGCCCUCGCUCCGCACCGGAUCCGGCGCACCCUCGACCAAGAAGGGCCUCUCGGUAGCCGGCCUCGCCGUCACGGCGCUCGCUGCCAUCUCGGCGCUUUCCUACCUUUGA